UUGUACUUUUCACUGUGUAGACGACGGACCGAAAAACAAGACGUUCCGACUUCCUGUGUGCUCUUCCGUUUCCAGCAGGCGUAAAUCAUGUGUGUUUAGAAGUGUCUUGGUUAUCUAUGUGGCUGAACUGAAGCAGUCAGAACAGGUCUGGCCAGAGAGGAGAGAAAAUGAACCACAUGUUCCGGAAGUUGUCAGUGACUGUCACACAGCAGGCAUCCGCCCUGAACCAGUCGUUAUGCAGAUCGGCGCCGUCCAUCCAGCACCCUGCGUGGUGUUGUGCGCCUGGAAAUGAAAGGCAGUACAAAGGCACGCCGACACACGGGAUCGGAAGGUGGAAGUAUCUGUUACCCAAACAGGCUCCCAAGAAAAAGAAGGACAGAAACCAGACCAAGCAGAUUCUCUCAGCGACCGACACGGCCCACGGGACCCUGAAUGUGAAGGUGUCGGGUUAUGACAUGACAGUGGUGGAGCAUUACUCCCAGUACAUCCACAACCUCUGCAACCGGCUCGGCAUCGACGUGGCAGAAAGUUAUGCUUUGCCAACCAAGAGCACAGAAGUGAUGCUGGUGCAAGAUCAAGGCAACAAAACGUACGUGGACGCCGUCCUGAAGACCCACCAACGUGUCGUCCAGUUGAGCAGCUUGAACGCUUCGCUGUGUCCCGUCUUUGUGGACGUCCUUCUGAAGAACCAACCAGAGGGAGUUCAGCUGUCGGUGAAGGAGCACACCGAGGCGGAUUUCCAGGCCCGCUUUAAGGCACGUCCAGAGCUGGAGGGCCUCCUUGCUCAGAUCAGCCAAUGAGAUGCUCUCAUCUUUCUUACCAUAUUAUCAGCAAAGGAAGGUUGCCUUCAGAUGAAUAUUGGUUGUUUUUUUGCAACUUUUGAAAUAAAGCUAGGUGUUUGGAAACAGAUCAA